AUGAACAAUGAUAUAUUUUUACAUUGCAACGCGUGUUUUGCCUAUUCAACCUCUUUUUCCAAAAAUAAAGAAAUAAGAUUUUCGUUAACCCAAUGUGGACGAGUAAUUUGUAAUUCUUGUGUCAAUAAACACGGUAAUGAUGGUAAUAAACAAAGUGGCGUUGGUAAGGGAAUCAAGGUCGAAGAAGAUAAAUCUUCCUCGAGACGUAAUGCAAAUAUUUGUUUAUUUUGCAAUGAAAAAUGCGCAAUUGUUGAAUGUAAUAAGGAUUUUCAGCAAUCCAAUACUAAAUCAAUCAUCAAUCAUUUGAAAAAUAAAGUGGCACAACAAGAAACUAUGCUUGAUAAAGCAAAUAACGAGAACAGGGAAUUGGAAAGUCAAUUGAUCAAUCUUGCAAAUGAGAAUGUCCAGUUAAAAAAUCUGUUAAGUAUGAAUGAAAAUGCUAAUCAAUCUUCAAAUCGAUCAGAUGGAAACAGCCGUAAUAAUAAGAGUAACAAUAAUAACAACAAUAUAAACAAGAAUAUAAAUCAUCAAAAAUCAUCAAAUAAGAAGUCAUGCCCAACGUCAAGAACACCAAAACCAAAUCUAGGAGAACAUCAUCUUCCAGUUAUUAAUCAUAAUGAUGAUAUCGAUGUCAUAAGUGAAUUGUUAAAUCGGUCAAGGUGUGAAUUCAAUUAUUAUUGUUGA